GGUUUAUAUUUGAGCACAGUCCUCUGCACACCUCUACCUGGGGAGCAACUCUCUGCCUGGGCUUUCUUGACACAUUUGCAGCUCACCUGGCAGAAUUAGCCCUUUCUUCCCUCCAGCAAAGGUGAAGGAUUUGAAGGACACCGAGAUGAACCAAGCCCGACCUCGCUAUGUCGUCGACCGGGCUGCGUAUUCUGUCAACUUCUUUGAUGAAGAGUUUGAGAAGAAAAAGAGAAGUUACCCGCUUGGGGAAAAAGUCAAGAACCUUUUCAGAUGUUCAUCAUCCAGGUUCAAAGUCAUCAUCUACAGUCUGUUUCCAAUACUCGUUUGGCUCCCCAAAUAUAAAAUUAAAGACUACAUUGUGCCCGAUAUCCUCGGGGGAAUCAGUGCGGGGACAAUACAAGUGCCACAAGGGAUGGCCUUUGCGCUGCUUGCCAAUCUGCCUCCCAUCAAUGGACUCUACUCCUCCUUCUUCCCUUUGAUACCCUACUUCAUCCUAGGUGGCAUCCACCAGAUGGUCCCAGGCACCUUUGCUGUCAUCAGCAUUAUCGUUGGGAGCGUCUGCCAUGAUCUGGCUCCUGAAUCCGAUUUCCAAUACUUUAACCAUACCACCAAUGAGAUAAACAUCAACAACACAGCCAUGGAGGCAGCCAGAUUGGAGAUCUCCGCCACGUUAGCUUGUCUGACAGCCAUCAUACAAAUCUGUCUGGGAUUCGUGCAGUUUGGCUUCGUUGCCAUCUACCUCUCGGAAUCCUUCAUCCGGGGCUUCAUGACUGCAGCAGGGCUCCAGAUCCUCAUCUCGGUGCUCAAAUAUGUCUUUGGCUUGACGAUCCCGGCCUACACUGGGCCCUUGGCCAUCGUCUAUACAUUUAUUGAUAUUUGCAAAAAUCUCCCCAAGACCAACGUGGCCUCCUUGAUCUUCGCCCUGAUCAGCACUGUGCUCCUGAUUAUUGUGAAAGAGCUCAACAUGAAAUACAUGAAGAAGAUCCGGGUGCCCAUCCCCAUGGAGAUUGUCAUAGUCAUAGUAGCUACCGCGGUCUCCGGCUGCUUGAACAUGCCUGAGAAAUACAACAUGCCAAUCGUUGGGAAGAUUAAGAUGGGCUUCCCAGUCCCCACACUCCCACUGGUGAGCAAGUGGAAAGAUAUGGUUGGCACAGCUUUUUCACUUGCCAUUGUGGGCUACGUGAUCAACCUGGCCAUGGGACGAACCCUAGGAACCAAACAUGGCUAUGACGUAGACCCCAACCAGGAAAUGCUUGCCCUGGGCUGCAGUAACUUCUUUGGAUCCUUUUUCAAAAUCCAUGUGAUCUGCUGUGCUCUGUCUGUAACCCUAGCUGUGGACGGGGCUGGAGGAAAAUCUCAGAUGGCAAGUUUCUUUGUAGCGCUGGUGGUUAUGAUAACCAUGCUGGCUUUGGGAAUCUACCUCGACCCCCUUCCAAAGGCUGUGCUGGGAGCCCUGAUAGCAGUGAACCUGAAAAACUCCCUCAAGCAGCUGGCUGAUCCCUUCUACCUGUGGAAGAAAAGCAAGCUGGAUUGUUUGGUCUGGGUGGUGAGUUUCCUGUCGGCUUUCUUCUUGGGCCUGCCGUUCGGACUCGCUGUCGGAGUGGGAUUUUCUGUGUUGGUGGUGGUUUUCCACACUCAGUUUCGUAACGGCUCUGCCCUGGGUCAGGUAACUUCCACCGACAUUUACAAGAACCCCAAAACCUACAAUAAGGUCCAGGAACUUGAUGGGAUUAAAAUUGUGACCUACUGCUCCCCAUUGUACUUUGCCAACUCAGAGAUAUUCAGGGAGAAGGUUAUAGCGAAGACUGGGGUAGACCCCAGCAAAGUGUACUUAGCCAGGAAAAAAUACGUGAAACACCAGGAGAAGAAGGCGGCAUCACAAAAAACAACGAAGCUGCAAAAAUUGUUCUUCGGGAACAAGAAGACCUUGUCAGUGCAAGAGCUCCAGAAAGAUUUUGAAAGCACCUCUCCGACGGACACCAACAAUAAUCAAACGACUGCCAACGGCACCAGCAUCUCCUACAUCACAUUCCACCCCCCCGCAAACAAUGCCGGGCAGGUCAAUACCUCAAGUGAACAGGGCAGCAUCUCGAGCCAUCGGGGCAGCACUUGCAGUGUUAUCCCAGCUGCCAACGUUGACCUGAUGAUCACAGCACCGCCCUAUGUCAGCUUCCACACCAUUAUCCUGGACAUGAGUGGAGUGUGCUUCGUGGAUCUGAUGGGCACAAAAGCUCUGGGGAAGCUGUGUUCCAGCUACCAGAAGAUUGGGAUUAAAGUCUUCCUGGCAAACGUGCAUGCCCAGGUGUACCAUGAUAUUAGCACAGGCGGAGUCUUCGAAGAAGGGGGCCUAGACCCAAGUCACAUCUUCUUGACCAUCCAUGAUGCUGUUCUGUUUGCACUGGCAAAUGCCAAAGGAGUCUUCCGUCCUCCUGGUUUAGAAGAGAGACCAAGUCAGACGGAGCUCUCCAUCUAUGAUGAAUCUGUGGAUGAAAGCAGUUCAGAAUUCAAGAACUUGGAGGAGGAGAUGUUUGGAACCAUGUUCCGUUCGGAGGCCCAGACAGCGCUGUGAGUGUCUGGGGGAAUGUUAAAGUGCCGGCAAAGCCUCCGGAACUGACUAUUCUCACAUAUUCCUUUAUGAAGAUGCUUCCCCUGUCUGAGUGGUGCGCAGAGCAGCCUUUCUGUGCUUCCAACCCGGGGUAGCAGUGAGUUUGCGAGGCAAGGGGCAGUCACACCUCUCCUCCUGACAUCCUCUCUUCUCCUUCCCUCUGUGUGUGGAAUUCAGAGCAACAGACUCUUGGAGCAGGUAGCAGAACACAACAGAAGCAGGAACUCAGGAAAUAACUUUCAUCUAGGUGUAGAAGAGCAGCAACUUCAUUUAAUGGCACGUGCCUCCAGGCAGAAGGAUUAUUAAUAUUCGUCAUCGUUGUCAACCCUAUCUCUGUCUCUCCUCCUCCAGAACCCACUCACAUACCCAGUCAUAUGGAUUGCAUAACCUAGGCAUCACCUUUAUUUUCCUUCCUUUUUCCAAUGAGGUGAAAUAUAAGGAAAUUUACAAGCCUUUUCUGGCUUUAAUUCACAACCACAAAUAACCCUCUCAAGAUACAGUGAUGCAGGUUUGCAUGGUGAUAAUAUUUUAAAAUGUGCACUGACUUUUUGGGAAUCUGCACACUGAAUUUAAGCCUGUGAAUUUCUUGGGGUUGCCGCCCAAAACCACCUCUGUAUUCUCUAUUACUCUACAGGCCCUCCUGCGCUGUCCUGUCUAUUACAGGUACCAUUUACUGAGCCAGUGCUCUAUUUUUGUUACCCUAAAAUCCUUGGUACCACUGCAUGGGAGUAAUGCUGCAUUCUGUAUUACAUGCUCAGACUAUUUUUGGAUAUCAGGCACCCUUAGUUCACAUGACCAAGAGCUCCUACCAGCUCUAGUGGGUGUUAUAUGCACACACUGGCCUUCCCAAUAGUUUGGGUAGUUAAAACAGGGCCGCCCAGAGGAUUCAGGGGGCCUGGGGCAAAGCAAUUUCGGGGGCCCCUUCCAUAAAAAAAAGUUGCAAUACUAUAGAAUACUAUAUUCUCAUGGGGGCCCCUGCGGGGCCCGGGGCUGGGGCAAAUUGCCCCACUUCCACCCGUCCGUCCGUCCCCCCCGCCCACUCCCCACCCCCCGGGCGGCCCUGAAUUAAAAUAAAGCUUAUUCAAAAUACCGGCAGAAUUAGGGCCUGAUUCAAAGCCCAUUGAAGUCAAGGAGAAUCUUGCCUUUUACUUUAACAGGAUUUGGGUCAGGCCUUUAGUCUGGGAAUAUCACGAGAGCAGCUAUUCCUGUGGUAUUUUGAUGCUUCCUUUUCCUAUUCUCAGUAUCUGGAUAUUACUAAAAAGUUCAGUUUAGAUUCAGCUCUAGAAAUAGGUAAGUGUUUCAGGGUGAGUGGGUUUUCCUAACCAGUUUGCCCAUCCCUAGCAAAUUUAGGGACAGCUCAGUGCAUACAUCCAAUAGUUUUUGAUGAUGCUAUAACUCAGGAGAAGUAUAAUUAAAGUUUGAGCAUAUUUUGGGUAUGCCAGGAGUCAGCAGCUCUUGUGAUACCCAGCACUAACCUCUCCAAACUUGGAGCUUCAAGGUGAAGAGAUUUUAGGUAAUCACCUAAGUGACAAGAGAAAGCUCAUCUGCUAGGUCUGCUAUGGUGUCUGGUCCCUCAUGCGCUAUAUGAAUUUGAAUAAAAAUCACCACAAACUGAUGCUACCAGGACAAUCUACCUCUCGGGCAAACAAGCCUGACUCGAUAACCCAUAGACAGAUGAGAUCUUUUUAAUUUUUUUUAAAUCCUAAUACUUUUAUAUAUAAAAGUGUGAGUGAUGCUAAUAACUAUUGCUAUUUUAGUUUUUUGUUAUAGUUCCUUCCUUUCAUCCCCAUAUUGAUUCUCUGAAGCUUAUGACUAGAGGAAAUGCAUUUAAAGUAUAUGUAAAUGCUGAAAAAUACAGUAUGUUGAGGAUUAAAGGGACACUUAUUAAUACAUUUAGGCCUCAAAUUCAGGUUUUGUGAAAAACAAUUCUCCAAAAAUUAAGAUUAGCAGAAUUUUGUCUAUGAUAUUUUUAAAGUUCUGAUGAAAACAGUUUUUUGUCGGGAUUUUAAACGUGGUGUUUCCAGCCUUGGGAUAAAGCAUAAGGGCCAGAAAAUGAAACUGCUUAGAAGCAAAUGUGAAACUGACUAGUCUGUUUUUUGGGAAUGCAAAAAUAAAUAAUGGCCUUAAUAAAUAUAAAGAAAAUUUGCUUUUAAAAA